GGGGGGGGGGGGGGGGGGGGGAGAUGCGCUAAUCCACGGACGAGCUGUGACGAGCUUGACCGCGAGUCCGCGACGCGUGGGCUCGGGGGUGAGACAUGGCUUCCCCGGCGCCGCCGCCCACCGCCCGGCUCCGGCCUUCUCAGGCCGCCAGCAGUGCCUCCUCCUCCUCCUUCCCUACAUCCAUCUGCGGCCUUGGCUCGCUCGGCGACGCCUCUAGGGUUUCCUCCGUCUCCUUCCGGCGGCGUCCACCAGCAUCGCCUCUCGUCCGGUGCUCCCAAGACCCUGGCAAGAUUGAAGUGUUUAAUACUGAAGGAACCGAGCAGUCACAAGGAGGCUCCACUGGUUCGAUAAAUCAUGGCAAAUACUCAACAAGGAGUUUCUCCUCUAAAGACUUGCUUGAAAGACUAAAGAGGUAUGGUGCUGCUGGUGUUUUGUCAUAUGGACUACUAAAUACCGUCUAUUAUGUCACGACAUUUUUAUUAGUUUGGUUUAUUUUUUCUCCUGCUCCUGGUAAGAUGGGUUAUGCUGCGGCAGUAGAGAGAUUCCUCAAGUUGAUGGCAAUGGUAUGGGCUGGCAGUCAAGUUACUAAAAUUUUUCGAGCAGGAGGGGCACUUGCAUUGGCUCCUUUUGUUGAUAGAGGGCUAAGAUGGUUCACAGUCAGGUUCAACUUCAAAUCAGAAGGAAAGGCAUUUGCUACAAUUGUUGGGUUCUGUUUUGCACUUGCUGCUCUACUGUUCUUUGGAUUAACAAUACUUUGGGCGUAAUACACCUGUCGCUGCUGAAGAAUCACAUAGAAGACCAAGAACACUGGUGAAAUAAAAAGAUUGGGUUCCUCCUCACAUUGCGGAAGUGAACCUUUAUGCAAUCAGUAAUGUGGCUUCCACUUUACUAUUAAUUGGCUUAGCUCUUCAAAACUAUGGUUCUCUCGGUACCAUGUGUUUGUUUUUGAAAACAGGUUUCCAUGUAUUCUUGUAUGAGUAGCUAUUCUCAAUUCUCAUUUACAUAAUUCACCUGCAAGUCUGCAACCUGGUGCUUCAUUCGUUAAUCGUUCAUAAUCUGGAACAUCUUCAGUGUACAACUGUACAUAUUCCUGUAACAUGAUCCUUGGGGAGUUGUGUGUGUUUUCAUGUUCCUUGGUGCGUGCAGACAUUGUAAAACAAAGAAAGUUUGUUCUGGAAUCUUGACAAAGAAAACCUUUUGAAUCAA